UUGUAUUACUACUACUAACUAUGAGAAUGCAUAUGUAAUCUCUAUCGAUCCCAAAGAUUUUUCCAAUCUUCUACAAUGUCACUACAUACGACGUGAAACUCCGUGAGGGAGAUUUUGGCAUUCAUUUUAGGCGUUUGAAGCGGGAGUAUCGGUCUGAGCAACAUAGAGUCGGUAAAUGGAAAGAGGCGUUGGCUUGUGUCUCCGGUAAGACUGGGUUGACAUUCAAUGAUAAAAGCUUAUCAGAGAGCGAUUUUAUUAACAAUAUCGUCAAGGAAAUCAUGAUAUUGCUACAAGCCAUUCCCUUGGUGGAAGCCGAAAAUUGUCUUGUUAAGAAACUUCCAGUAAAAGGAGAAACUUCUGCAAUGAAAACGGAUUCUUUCAUAUCCUCCAAGGCUCAAAAAGGAAACCUAGAGAGUCCACCUGAAGCUAAGAUCAAAAGUUUCAGUGGAAGCAACUCUUUAGCUCCUCAUGAAGCCAUUGUCUCGGGACUGGGUCCAACUCCGACAGAAACAAGCCUUUGUAGGCUUAAGUAUGGUCCCCACAAGCCUUGCAAGAAAUGGCUCGAGUUUGACGAGAACAUUAAAAAGAGUCGCUUGAAUAAACAAAAAUAUAGUAAUGACAAAAGUUUCACUGGAAGCAAUUCUGUAGCUCCUCAUGAAGCCAUUGCCCCGGGACAGGGUCCAACCCCAGAAACAAGCCGUAUCACGCUUAAGCCUCGAGGCGAGACUCCAGAGAUAUGCAUUUUGUUUGACAAGAACAUGGAAAAGAGUCGCUUGAACAAACAAAAAUAUAGUAAUGGUAGUAGUUGAUCUCAUAAUAAUUUAUGGUUUAAUUUGCAAAAUGGUCCUGUUAUCAUUAUGUUUAGACAAUCAAUAAUGAGUUAGCAUUUCUAUACUCAGUUCUGCUUAGAAAGAUAUAUGGUACUUCUAUCAUGGUGUGAUGUGAAUUUUUUUUUUUUAAAUGAUGUCAUAUGAGGUAGAAAACGUUCGUUUCACAUUAAUGUUGCGAAUAUACAUAGGAGCAUGAACACAUAUAUGACAAUUGCUGGUCAGUAUUUAAUAGUCUUUUCAUACAUUUAAAUAUGUAUAAAUGUGAAACUACAAAGUUGCAUAAGUCCAAAAAAGUGUAAAAAGACUUAUUAACAAACCGGUAAACUAAAAUCUGAAACAAAUUUUAAAAACUACAAUUUCUGAUCAUCUUCCGCCAAGGCCGCUAGGAAAACCGACGACGCCAUUUAGCACGAACUAGUCUCCCGACGACGCUUUAAGGUACAAACCCUAGACUCGCGUCAAUGUUUUGAAUACAAACCGAAAAACUGGAAAGACUCGCCACACAAACCCAACAGAGACUAACGACACCCAUCCUUAACACGAAGCUAACAGAGACAGAUGAUGUUUCACAAUACGAAUCUAGAAAAUUCCUAAAACAAUACAACCAAAGAUCUUAAAAGCGAGUGGGUAACAAACUCGUCACUACCUAAAACAAAAAGGAAAGCAGGGUGAGCAGCUACUCCAUGAAACAUAACACUUUGACACACCAGGACCGAGCAGUCCCCAUCCACCAGAGACUCACUCUAGUGCUGGGAUGUUGGAAACUACUCCUGAGGCUACCGAGACCAGACCAAACCGAAUGAAACUACUCCUGAGGCCACUGAACAGCAUUCAAUGAUGCAAUUCAUGCAUUACUUGACACAAGCAAGUAUAUAUUACAUAAAAAUGAAAAACGACUCUGUGUCAUACUGUACUCUUGAUUUUACUAGAGUAUCAGGUGUUUUUUAAUCCAAAUUUGUGAAUAAGUUGUAGACAAAAGUUCUUUCUAAAUCUGGAUGUCACCAAAAUAGUGUAAAUUUUUUUUCCCAUCUGAAAAUAUUCAUUCAUAGUAAAAUACCAGGUUCAAUACAAAACCGGAUUAGAACCUAGAAACAGCAACUCAAACCCAUUAGACAAUAAACAUCUAAACCUAAAAAAGACAAAUUAGUGCAAAGGACCUUCCAAGAUAGCAAACACAAUGAUCUGGAUAUAUCGAAGUUGCCCUCGGCCAACCGACGAUAUCAUCCACUUCAAGAACCCAAUACACACAGUCUUCUCAACUCGGAUCUAUCGCUGCCGCCUAUGGCCUGCCGAACAAUAUCAUCUCCUACUAGAAAGAAACCAAGAUUUCAUAACCCGACAAGCAAGACCGCUUCACGAUCCACGCAACUUUCGGAUGCGGUUGGAACACAUUCUCUCACGUCCACCAUACACCUCCACACAAAUAAGUCUCUCCAUCGAUUCCAAAUUAACAAGGUAUAUUCUUUUGCCUGUUCGUAAACGCCAUCUAGAACAUGCCAAUCAUUAUAUCCAAAACAACACAUUGCCCAUCAUCAUCUUUUAAAAGACAAAAAGGAGUGGAAGCUAAACAACGCAUAAUCAUUCUCUCUCUUCCUUAUUUAUCUUUUUAAAAAAAUUGUAAUAUAAAAAUCGCUAGAUCCCCGUCUUAUGUAACGGACUUAAACAAACCGCGUACGGCGUCAUCCGGCGAGGAGACUAAUUUGAUCUCUCAAUCUCAAUAUCGGAAACGCUGCCGGAGAAAACAUCGUUUAGCGGCGGGACUAAUCUUGCUGUCGACGGAGCUGGAAGCAGCUGCUUUUUCUUCUCCAGAUCUCUAACCGAUUCUCACCUCUUCCUGUGUCUCCGAUUUGGUUAUACCAAAGCCAUGGUUCUUGAUGGGAUUGUAUCUUCACCGUUAAGGAGACACCAGUCUCUGAAGAAGCAGUGGGAAGACUUGGGUAGCUGCUCCACCGUUGUCAACAGGCAUCGAUAUCUCUUAACCGCUUUGGUUCUUUUGGCCGUCCUCUGCACUGUUUAUCUUUACUUUGCCGUCACUUUGGGCGCUAGGCACUCCUCCACAUGUUAUGGCUUGACCGGGAAAGAGAAGGCAAUGUGUCAAUUACAACACGUUCAAGCUAUCUCCAAAGGCAAACUCAAAUUCUUCUAGUGUGGCAUGGAAGCUGAUACCCCCACCUUAUUCUUAUUGAUCUCCAACAUUAUUUUUUUUUUAAAUUGAUCGUCCAAUGUUAUUUGUGUGUAUUAUUUUUAUUACUCCAUGGUGAACAACCAGAGAUUUUUAUAAUCGAAGAGAUGAGAGUAUACAUUUGCA